AUCUCCCACACCUUACCCUAUACUCCACGUACUACUUCAUUUGCAGCCUUUGAAAAUGGUAAAAUUUGCUGUAAUCUGCGCGAGUAACAUGAAUCGCAGCAUGGAGGGCCACUACCAGCUGAAGAAGCACGGCUACAACAUCUGCUCGUACGGCACAGGCACACAGGUGCGCCUCCCCGGCCCGUCGCAAGACAGGCCGAACGUGUACGAAUUCGGCACACCGUACAACCGCAUCUACAGCGAGCUGAAAAUGCAGGACCAGAACCUGUAUACCCGCAACGGGCUGCUGAUGAUGCUCGACCGCAACCGCAAGGUGAAGGAGGCACCGCAGCGGUUCCAGCUAGAGCGUGACUCGCACGACAUUAUUUUUACGUGCGAGGAGAAGGUUUUUGAUGCGGUGUGCGAGGAGAUUUUCUCCAGAGGCGGGACGCUGAGUCGGCCGGUGCAUGUUAUUAAUAUUGAGAUUAAAGAUAACCACGAUGAGGCGGUUAAGGGCGGGAAGACGAUCCUGGAGCUGGCGCGGCUGAUCAUCGAGUCGGACGACUUGGAGCGUGACAUGGACAGCAUUGUUGAGGAUGUGCAGAGCAGGUUCCCGCACAAGCUUCUGUACACGGUUGCGUUCUACUGAGAGCAGUGCCUUUUCUUGGCUGAGAAGAAUAUAUGUAGUUUUGCCUUGUGUCAACACAAGUUGUGAGCGCGGGUGUGCCAGUUUCCAUAUUUCAGACCGAUCAGGCUUCCAAACUAAAUAAGCACAGUAGUUUUUUUUGCAGGAUUUUAGA